AUGUCAGGCCCUACCUCCGAUCCGGACUGGAACAGUGGCGGCACUGGCACCGCGGCGUACGGGACAUUUACUCGACCAAGAAUCGACUCUACUCCAAGCAAUCAUGACAGUCAGGACAGUGUAGCGGUGCAGAGCAAUGGUGGUGACGUCUCUCCAACGCAUACACCCUCUCCGUCGCGUAAAUCGUCAAGACAUAUUGAAUUUCGAAAGUACUUGAAGAGACCGCAUCUCACAGAACCUCAGCGGACGCUGAGUGACGCUUUGCGGGCGGCAAAGAGCAGAGAAGAGCAGGAAACGCUACUUCCAGAUGAUGAACAUGCGGGCGCAGAUGGAUGUUUCAAUGGGCAGGGUGAGCCUGCGGGCCCACGAGAUGCACUUGGGCCCAAUCCGAAUAACCAUCUGAGGGUCUACUUCAACAUUCAUCGUAUACGACGGCUUGUUCUGGCUGUUAUCGAGGACCCCUAUACAACAGAGCAACUAAGAGAGCCUCGUAUGAACGUUCUCAUCGUCAAACCACUUGUGGACCGUCUGUACGACGAGGAAGACAUCUCCAUUGUCUACUGUCUACUAGUCAAUCGCAUGCAAUUUCUGCGCGAACAGCAUUUCCAACAUAACCACCAAACCGUCGACUUGACGCGCGCAAAUCUUUGUGAGCUAGUAGCCAUGAAAGUCCUGCGACGACAUGACGAAGAGAGCACUGGAAAGGCAGGUCUACUUCUUCUAGCGCAGAUUCUCGUAGCGCCAUUCCAGCCAUUCCAAGGUGCACCAGAAGAGCGAUGUCCAGCGCGCCAUGUCUCGGAACACCAAGGGCAAGGCGACAACGAGGGAAAGCUGACUGCACUCGAAGUUGCCAUUGUGUCGGAGAGUAAGGUCUUGCUCAGUAGCUCGGCUUCCCAGAAGGUCAUCGAUGCAGUGUAUCGAGGUCGUAUCGUCUACACACCAACCACAUUCAUCGACAUCAUCCCGGAUCACUACAAGUAUAAGCCAAUUUCACUAUACGAUCCGCGGAGAGCACCUCUGCUCAACCAGUAUCGUCUCAUGGUGCCCAAGACGCGCAACAUGAUCGAAGUCGUCCAAUUCAUCGUACUUCUGGCGCUAUACAGCUGGUGUAUGACAGUGCGCAAGGACCACUUCCUCACAAACGCCGAGGUCUUUUUCCUGCUCUACGGCAGUGGCUGGGUCCUUGACGAAGUCUUGUCCUGCCUCGAGCAUGGCUGGGAAGUUCACACUCAAGAGUUGUGGGCCUUUCUCGACGUCACCUUCGCUGGCAUAUUCAUCGUCUACCUCUGCAUGCGCUGCCACGGAUGGUCUACCGGCAACGACGAACUCGGCCGACAAGCCCUUGAUGUCCUCGCUGUUGCAUCGCCCAUUCUCUUCCCACGUAUCGCCUUCAACCUCAUGCCAGAGAAUAUGCUCUUCAUCGCGCUGCGAGCCAUGGUCAAGGAAUUCACAGCACUCAGCCUAAUAGCAAUCUGGUGUUUCGGUGGUUUCCUCCUGGCGCUCAAAUGGCUCAGCAUCAGCAACCCGGCCGUCGGCUACGAAGACUCGCCCAACAGCAUCACAAUCUCCAAAUGGAUGCUCUGGAUCUGGUUUGGUCUCGACGGCCAGGGCAUCGACGAGGCGCCCGAGUUCCACGAGAUCCUCGGUCCAGCCCUCAUGGUCAUCUACGCCUUCCUAGGCAACACCCUCUUCCUCACCGUCCUCGUCUCCAUCCUCUCCAACACCUUCAGCAAAAUCGCCGCAGACGCGACCGCGGAAAUCCAAUUCCGCCGCGCUGUCCUCACCUUUGAAGGCGUCAAAUCAGACUCACUCUUCGCCUACCGCCCCCCUUUUAACCUCUUCGCCUUCAUCGUCCUCUUACCCCUCAAAUUCCUCCUCUCCCCCCGCUGGUUCCACAAAAUUAACAUCACCGCCGUUCGCGUCCUCAACUUCCCCAUCCUCAUCGCCAUCGCCCACCACGAGCGCCGCGCCCUCUGGCGUCCCCACCGCCGUCUCUCCCUCUCUGGCCCGGGGCCCUCGAAACGCUCGACCUGGCUCUGGGAAAACGGGUGGUGGAGCUGGAAGAAGAUGAGCCCGCACGCCGAUCUGCAGGCCGUGUUUGAGGAGGAGCCGCCGGAGAACGUGGUGAGCAAGAUUGAGGAGGAGGAUGAUCUCGAAGACGCCAUUCUGGAGAAUAGUUUUGCGGCUGCGGCGGGCGCGGAGAGGAGGAGUGUUAGCCCUGGGAGUGCGCUCGGGAGGCGGAGGAGGCUGAGUAGUGUCUGGCCUGGGCCUGCGGGAUGA